AUUGAUUCAGCUGUGCACAGGUGAUUGACACUUUAAAACAAGUUCACAGUUGUGUUGGUGGUUAGUGGAUGCUUUGAGACCUGUGGGUGACAAACAUAAUGGCCGCACAGACAGUGUUGAUCGUCUACGCGCACCAGAGCGCAGGAUCAUUCAAUGCGGCUGUUAAAGAUGCUGCUGUGGACGCGCUGAAGAAACAGGGCUGUAACGUGCUUGUGUCUGACCUGUAUGAAAUGAAGUUCAAGGCCACGGCUACAGAGGAGGAUAUUACUGGAGCAGUGAAGAACCCAGAGCAUUUCUGUUAUGGAAAUGAGACCAUGUUGGCCUGGCAGGAGGGGAGACUAGCUUCUGAUAUCGUAGAUGAGCACAAGAAACUAAAAGAAGCAGAUCUUGUCAUUUUUCAGUUUCCCAUGUACUGGUUCUCUGUUCCUGCCAUCAUGAAAGGCUGGAUGGACCGGGUUCUUACACUUGGUUUUGCAUACACCUUGGAAAAGCGCUACAGUGAGGGCAUCUUCAGGGACAAGAAAGCCAUGUUAUCCUUCACUACUGGUUCCCAUGAGACCAUGUUCAGCUCCAAUGGGAUCAAUGGAGACAUGAAUGUUACUCUGUGGCCAAUUCAAAAUGGUGUCCUCAACUAUUGUGGCUUCCAGGUCCUUGCUCCACAGAUCUUCUGGGCACCCACACAUCUCUCUUCUGAGGCUCGUGAAGGCCUGUUGGAAGGCUGGUGUGCUCGUCUUCAAGGUCUCCUAAAUGAGGCGCCUCUCACCUUCCCACCUGUAGACAUCUUUGAUGAGGAGGAAGGCUUUCAGCUCAAGCCUGAAGUCCGGGAGAAACAUGCUGAAUCUCAUUUUGGUCUCACUGUGGGUCACCACCUGGAGAAACCUCUGCCACCCCACAACCAGAUGAAAGCUGGGGUGUGAGACCUGGUGCAAUGCUCUCCCCAUGUGGCCAUGUCUGUUUAAUGGUCUCCAUGCUGAAAUUUAGACAUGAAUAAAUUGUUCGUGUUUUGAA